AACUGGACGGAGGCGCACCCCAGGGCGCAUGCGUGCUGUGCGGCGAGGUCUCAGGGAAGGUGGGGCUAUGGCAGCUGCUGGGGUCCCUCCGGAAGUAUCGCUGCGAGAAGCCACCCAGCGAAAAUUGCGGAGGUUUUCCGAGCUGAGAGGCAAACUUGUAGCACCUGGAGAAUUCUGGGACAUAGUUGCAAUAACAGCGGCUGAUGAAAAACAGGAACUUGCUUACAACCAACAGCUGUCAGAAAAGCUGAAAAGAAAGGAGUUACCCCUUGGAGUUCAAUAUCACGUUUUUGUAGAUCCUGCUGGAGCCAAAAUUGGAAAUGGAGGAUCAACACUUUGUGCCCUUCAAUGUUUGGAAAAGCUAUAUGGAGAUAAAUGGAAUUCUUUUACCAUCUUAUUAAUUCACUCUGGUGGCUACAGUCAACGACUUCCAAAUGCAAGUGCUCUGGGAAAAAUUUUCACUGCUUUACCUCUUGGUAACCCCAUUUAUCAGAUGCUAGAAUUAAAACUAGCCAUGUACAUUGAUUUCCCCUUAAAUAUGAAUCCUGGAAUUCUGGUUACCUGUGCAGAUGAUAUUGAACUUUAUAGUAUUGGAGAAUUUGAGUUUAUUAGGUUUGACAAACCUGGCUUUACUGCUUUAGCUCAUCCUUCUAGUUUGACUAUAGGUACCACACAUGGAGUAUUUGUCUUAGAUCCUUUUGAUGAUUUAAAACAUAGAGACCUUGAAUACAGGUCUUGCCAUCGUUUCCUUCAUAAGCCCAGCAUAGAAAAGAUGUAUCAAUUUAAUGCUGUUUGUAGACCUGGAAAUUUUUGUCAACAGGACUUUGCUAGGGGUGACAUUGCCGAUCUUAAAUUAGACUCUGACUAUGUCUACACAGAUAGCCUAUUUUAUAUGGAUCAUAAAUCAGCAAAAAUGUUACUUGCUUUUUAUGAAAAAGUAGGCACACUGAGCUGUGAAAUAGAUGCCUAUGGUGACUUUCUGCAGGCUUUGGGACCUGGAGCAAGUGUGGAGUACACCAGAAACACAUCAAAUGUCAUUAAAGAAGAGUCAGAGUUGGUAGAAAUGAGGCAGAGAAUAUUUCAUCUUCUUAAAGGAACAUCACUAAAUGUUGUUGUUCUUAAUAACUCCAAAUUUUAUCACAUUGGAACAACCGAAGAAUAUUUGUUUUACUUUACCUCAGAUAACAGUUUAAAGUCAGAGCUCGGCUUACAGUCCAUAACUUUUAGUAUCUUUCCAGAUAUACCAGAAUGCUCUGGCAAAACAUCCUGUAUCAUUCAAAGCAUACUGGAUUCAAGAUGUUCUGUGGCACCUGGCUCAGUUGUGGAGUAUUCCAGAUUGGGGCCUGAUGUUACAGUUGGGGAAAACUGCAUUAUUAGUGGUUCUUACGUCCUAACAAAAGCUGUCCUCCCCGCACAUUCUUUUGUGUGUUCCUUAAGCUUAAAGAUGAAUAGAUACUUAAAGUAUGCAACUAUGGCAUUUGGAGUGCAAGACAACUUGAAAAAGAGUGUGAAAACAUUGUCAGAUAUAAAGUUACUUCAAUUCUUUGGAGUCUGUUUCCUGUCAUGCUUAGAUGUUUGGAAUCUUAAAGUUACAGAGGAACUGUUCUCUGGUAACAAGACAUGUCUGAGUUUGUGGACUGCACGCAUUUUCCCAGUUUGUUCUUCUUUGAGUGACUCAGUUACAACAUCCCUAAAGAUGUUAAAUGCUGUUAAGAACAAGUCAGCAUUCAGCCUGAAUAGCUAUAAGUUGCUGUCCAUUGAAGAAAUGCUUAUCUACAAAGAUGUAGAAGAUAUGAUAACUUACAGGGAACAAAUAUUUCUAGAAAUCAGUUUAAAAAGCAAUUUGAUUUAGAGAUAUUUUAAAUAUUGUACACUUUGCCUUUUUGAGUAACAUUCCAGAGAUAGGUAUUUUCUGUAGGCUGUUUCACUGAACUCAGUUAAUGAAAACUGUAUUAACAUAAUUGCUGUAGCGUAAUAUUAAUAGCGCAAAAUUACAUAUAAAUCAUUUUGAUGAAAAAUAUUUCAAGACUAAGUUGAGAAAAGAGAUACUAUUUUGGAUGUGUAUCAGUAUUUUUGUUUUUAAUAAUGAUUGAUUUGUGGAGCAUUGUUUUUUCACAUAAUUAGUUUUAAAGGUAAUUUUCUAAGCAUACCUUUGGAAUUUUUCCAUCUUUUUUGAGACUUUUGAUCCAGUGAAGUUCUAAGUAUUCACUGGCACUUCUCUCCUCAACUGUAAUUCUGUUUUGAAUAAUAAAAAUGGCAUACUGUAGGGUCUUCAGAGUAGUGUAGGAAUACUGUAGAAAUACUUUUUCAGAAACAAAUCCAUAGCUGACAGAUUCACUCAGUGCCCGAUAUAUUGUGAUUAUUUUAGUUGAUAAAGAACUAGAUACAAAGACCUCUGAAAUUGAUGAUAAAAUUUGUAUCUCAUUAAUUUUAUCAAAAUGAAACUAAAAGUACAUAUGUAUUAUACACUUGAACAUGUGUUUGUGUAUCUUUAAAAUUUUCUUUUAUGUUCCAUUCCAUAGGAAAACACACAUAUGCACACAAAACUCAUUUAUCUGUGGGGAAAGUGGUAGUAAUAAUUGAGAUUCAUCAAUAAUCAUAUAAUUUCACUAUAGACAUUACUUGCAUUAUCUCCUAUCAGUCCUUCUAACAAAACUUAAAUUACCAAAUGAACUGCCUUUACUUUUCAUCUUAUUUUUUGUCUACAUGCUGGUGAUGCUGAGGAACAAUAAUUGGCCCAAAUGCAGACAUCAAGAAGCAGGCAGGAAAAUGGAAAAACUGAGAUAAUACACAGAUGAUAAACAGUUUCAAGAAAAUAAAAAUUGGCUAGAAUCUCAAGUUAUGUUUUUCUAUAUUGGUAUAAGCAUGUAAGUGAAAAGUCUGAUAAGUGUAAUAGAGAAAAGAUUUGUCAGUGUGUUUUUUUAAAUGAAAUAACUAGUCUGUGCUACUUUAUGUCAAUAUAAAAAUUGGUAAACUAGAAGUAACUUGUCCACAACCCUCAGUUAUAAUAGUUUUGUGCGUGUUUUGUUUUCCAAAGUUUUUCCCAAGGAGAAGAUACAAAUAUAUGGUAGCUAUUGUUUAAAAAUGAUUGAUUUACUUGCAGAUUUUUCAGAGGAUGUUAUGUCUUUGUCAUCCAUUAAAUGUUCAAAAUUGUAGUUUUACCAAAUCUGAAGUGCCAUCAGUUAUAAGAAUCACCAUUAUUUUAUGUUCCAUUAAGAAAAACACAAUAAAACAUGACACAAUGCUUUUUUUGUUACUUGAAAUUUUCAUACUUAUUGGAGAUCUCUUUUAGAUGUUUUUAAAUACAGAUUUUUAUUUAACCCUCUUGCAUAUACAUAUAACAAAAAAGUAAAAUAUUGAGAUAUCAUCAAGAAAUUUCUACAGCUUCACAUUUAAACUCUUCAGCACUUUCAGAGCUGUUGAUAUGCAUAUGUCCACCUAGUACCAUCUUCUGUGCUUUCAGAGUUAUUGGUAAGGCUGCAUUUCCUGAGUGCUCUACCACACUUAUGUCUGGAUUUUUUUUACCCAGCUGCAGACCCACACUCCUGCAAGUUUUGAUACCCUUCUAUUUGACAAAACUCAGUUUCACUUUUGUUUCAGUUUAAUCACAGGUCCUUAGAAGAUCGGACCUGUGAUUCUAUUCAAAGUCAGAAAGAGAUUUCUCACAAAUUGAUGUUAUAUUAACAUGUUAAUAUGAAAAUUAUUGUUUGGUAAACCAGAAGUGACUUGUCUGAAGCCCUCAAUUGUGGUAUUUGUGUGUUUAUUUUUUCUUUUUCAAGAUUCUUUUUAAAGAAAAUAUAUGGUAGCUGUUGUUUAACAUUUAUCUACUUAUAGAGCGUUCAGAGGAUGUUAUAUGUUUAUUAAGUGCUCAAUACUAUAUUUUACCUAAUCUGAAUUUUAAUCAUAAUCCUGCACAAUGCAUAGAUUCUAGUUUUUUUGAAAUGGUUCUGUUGAAAGGACUUAUCAAUGUCUCUUGCUUUGAGAUGUAUUGCUUGGUGUGUAGUAGCACAAACGUACCACCAAUAAUGUACCUAAUUCAACUGAAGUAACAGUCAUAUACACAGAUAUGACCAAGUUCAUAUGUGAGCAAGUAACAACUCCAUGACUGUUGCUGCCUGGCUAAUAGCUAUUAUACUAUCGUUUGUAAGGCACAUUCUGUUUUCUGGGGUGUCUAAAUGUGGAGAAAAAAAGAUGAAUUAGGAAUGAUUCUAACCUAAGUAUGUGUUUUAAUAACAGGAUCUAGGCAAAAAAAAAAAAAAAAAAAAAAAAAGUAAGUCACUCCUAAAUUUAAUCCCUGAAUAAUGUAGUGUACAUGAUGAUAGAGGAGAAGUGUAUUUUUGAUAAGAAGUGACUAAAUUUUGUGACAAUCUUAAUUUUUCAGGCUUUUCAUUUAGUCUCCCAAUAAAGAUAAUUUUUUUUCUGAGUUUUGUCAGCAGUAGAAAAAUAAGACCUACAUGGAUAAGUUUGAAAUUAAACAUUUUGUCUCAUUUUAUAAUUUUUAUUUUUAUAAAAUCAUGGCACUUACAUCAUAUACUCAGGUGUGUAAAAGCCUGCUAUUUGUAACGUAAUCCAUAAACUUAUUGAUGAUUUAAUAACUAUCAAGGGCAUGGGAAAAAUUCAACAUUUGACAAUAAUCUUUUACCUUAGGCAUUUAUUCUCUAAGCAAAGCAGAAAUAAAGGAUAUGUAUCAGUGUGUACUGAUUGAAAUAAAGCUUUAAAAAUCCAAGUGAUACUCUGAAAUUGUCAAAAGUUUGAUGGCAUGAAUCUAGGAUUAAUUCCCAUAACCUGUGAUGAUCUGGUCAUCUUCUGUAGCUACAUAGUACUCCUAAUGUUAAGAUUACCAAAUUCAGCAAUAAAGCCAAAAUCAAAACCGCCUUCUGUCACAUAUAGCUGUUAAGUGAAAUACACAAAAUCAGAGUUGCUGUUUACAUACAUCAUGAGGCCGUCUGGACUUGAGCACCUUGGCGGCUCAGGAUUAAGGCACCUCAGUCUAGCCUAGCAGAGUUACAAUGGAGAGAAGUGAAAACUCAUUAGUAGCUCAAAACAAGCUAAAGGAUUUCAAAUGCUCUUUUUCUUGUUCAUCUAAAUCAAGUCUUCAUCUGUGUCAAGGACUAAAUUGUUAAAAACCUUUUUAAUUUGCUUAGUGCAAGAAAAAUAAUAGCAACCAUACAUCUAGUUAACUUGAGUCUUCUGUGCCUCUAAAAUUUUUAGACAAAGCCUAUUUCUAUUGAGGUUGAGGAACACAAUUCUAAUACUUAGUAAAAUUAUUAACAUUCCUUGCAUUUAACUUUGUCAUAUUUUCCUUCCUCCAAUACCAGUAUGCCAAAUUCUGUAACAUAAUAGCAUUUUUCAUGCUCCCAUUUAUCUGUAUAUACAGAAACUUCUGCUUAGGUUUUUUUAAUAUGUAAAGAAAGUCUAGUCAUACCAGUUUGGUUGAAGAAUACUAGUUCUGUCCCUGGAAGAGCUGUCUACGUGAGCCACAACAAACCAAACUUGCCACAUCAUUCAAACUUGCCAAUUUGGCUGUAGUUUAGUAGAUAACAACUUUAGGUCAGGUUAAUAUUUGGGGAAAUGGAAUAAUAAAAGCUGCUGAUUUUCCUACUGUAUUGCUACUUGGAGGAUUGGAGGUGUGGAGGGAAGAUGCCUGUAAAUGAGUCACUGUUAUCAACUACCUGCACAUCAGCUUGAUUGUUGACACUUAUGUCUAAAGAUGUUCAUCCCAAGAGUAUUAUUGUGCAUGCAAGUAACUGAUUGAUACUAACAGAGUUAACAUUUUAUUUUGGGCUGCUUGGACAAAAAGUCUAUCUUUUUGAAGCCUCUGGCUGCAGGGAUCUCUUAGCCAUCACACAUAUAAAUUUCAACCAUUCACACAGAGCAAUUCAUUUCUGAUUGCUGUAGACUAGUGCAAUCCAUCUGCUAGUGUCAUUUCCUAGCUAUCUGUGCCAGAAUUACACUCCUUCAAUUGUGCUUCAGUGCAUUUCUGAAACAAUCUAAACUAAACUGUCUAUAUUCUUUGGCCACUGGCUUAUGAUGUGUUACUGAUAUGCUUGUUGAAUCUCCAGCCUCCUUAAAUGCUUUUUAAAAUCUUUGUUACAACCAACACAUCGUAGCUAAGUAAUCUGCACAUGUGAAUGAUUUUUUUUAAUUUCUUUUCUUACCAGUAUCCACUCUUUUCUCUGCAGCACAUUCAGAUGGUUCAAGUGAGUUUUAAUUUACCACUUCCUUGUAGGAGAGUGUCACAUCGCCCAGAAUAGAAUUAAAGCAUUUACAUCUUGAGGCAAAAAAAUCUUUUAAAAUACAACUAUGUAGAAAUCAAGUAAGUGUUCAUUUGCAGGUUUAGAAAUGUUGCACUGCUUAAUGAAGUUUUACGUGAGUGGUUUCUUUCUUAUUAUUUUUAGCCUUGGGGUUUGAGAAAGUAAAUGAUGUCCAUCAAUAUGCUGUACUUUAGAGAAGUUUCAAAUAUUUCUAGAACUAGAAAACUUGGGACUACACAAAGAAAUAAUUAUGAUUAUAUCAGGUGGCCCAGGUGCAGAUUUUAAAUGUGCAGGCACACUGACAAAGUCAUAAAUUAAAAAUGCACUAAUUAUAUAUCACUGGGAUCAAUCUUUAAUGAAAUUGAAUAAGAAAGAUCACUCAUGACUGGUUGAAGUUGAUAGAGCUUCUAAUUAAGCAUUAUCCAGUCAAAUAAAGAGCUGUCUAUGGAAGCUAGCCUAUGAGGAAGGAAGGAAAAAGUUGUCGAGUAAUUCUUUUUUACUUGUUGCAACAGCUGAUUCUUCAAUACAAAAGAAAUAUUUACCAUGAGUUCAGUGAGAAGAAGCAAUUUACAAAAUUAGCCAUGUUUCUAGUGUCUUUGAGUAUGUAUCUCUAGACUACAAACGUGCUGGAAUUUUCCAUGACAUAAAAAUAAGCAAAAACAAAAACAAUACUUCUCUUAGCCAUAUUAUUUCAUCAGGAUAUAGUCAGCCUAGUUUCAUCUACAAUGAAACCGAAGUUGUACUAGCCAUUAUACCCAACACUGAAUUCCAGAUUCAGAUAUGUACCUCCCUGCUUCGUAUCCCUCCCUUACUGGAAAAAAAAUACAUAGGCAUCUCUAUUUGGAGAGCUCUAAUCUUCUAUCAAUUAAGAUAAUCUUUUUCAUCUAGAUAAAUGACACAGCCAUUCACCAAAUUGCUCAAGGAAAAAACCUGGAAAUUUACCAUGACUCUUCAGGUACUUCCCCUCAUCCUUUUCAUCCUGUUUUCAACAAGUGAAGUCUAUAUAUGAAAAACACAACCAAAAUCCAUCUACCUCUCUCAACUUGUUGAGCUACCACUGUUUUCUAGACUAAUGCAGUAGUUUUUUUUUUUUUUUUUUUUUUUACAUGCCACAAUGCCUUAUUGUGUGCAGUAAUAACAAUGAUCUGACUUUUAUAAUUGCACGUGAAGGCAAAGUUGCAGAAAGCCUGCAAAGGAAAGAUUUAAAAGAUUGGCAUUGGGGUGUAUGAGGCAUUGAAAGAAAAAGGAAUACUGUAGCCAUCUCAACCUUACUUCACUAAUUUGGUACUAUUUUUGUAUCCCAUUUUGCUCCCCUGAAGACUACCUUUUAGGACAAAGAUUCAUACUACUUUCUAACAUUCUGCACUUUAUUUUCUCCAUGAAGUUUUGCCUGGUGAUAGUCUGCAAUCUCUUUACCACCCACAUUGUUGUUUUUUUACCUUUUUCAUAUUUGCUAUGUGUAAUCAGAUGUCAGCUGGAAAUUUGCUUUCCCUUUAGAUGUAGGCAACAUUAGUUGAACCUCUAUUCUAAACCCCAGAGAUGUCAAAAACUUCUCUCAAAUAUCUGUGAAAUUCCUGAAGAUCAUAUAUCUCCACAAUUACUUUGGACUGUAAGCUUCCAUUUCUGGUGAGUUAGUUCUGUUUGGGCUUGCAUGUGAUUUUCUCACAAUUCUAUGAGCUGAGCGCCUGUUUUUCACUAUGUGAGUCUCAAACUUUUCCUCUUUCCCGCAAUUAGGGCAUCACCAUAUCCUCCAUAGAAAAAGGCCUUCUCACCAAAUUUUAUGUGUAGCAAAUUUCUCUGAAUCAUUGGAGCUAGGGAGGAAGGUGCUGGAAGGAAAGAGAAGGAUACAUAUCAGAGCACAACAUUAAGUAAUAGUUGUUCUUAGAAAUCCUUUGACAUCUUCAUCACCAAGACUUUCUUCACUAGCUAUUUUUUUUUAUAAUCCAAAAUUAUGUCUUAACUUUUUUUCUCGUCCUCAGAUCAACUUCUUCCAUCCCCUUAUGAGAUAUGCACACAUUGUUUACAUUGUAGACAUAUAGCAUUUAUCUCUUCUUUCUCUUGUGCCAUUAGUUUUCUUCCUUUAAUGGAUUAUUCUCAUCAGCACACAAAUAUUCUGUGAUUUUUCCAAUUUAAAAAAAAACCCUUCACUACACUUCGUUCAGGUGUUACUUUAUUUCCUUGCUCCUUUUACACUAAAAUUUUUAGAAUACAUUGUCUGUUCUUCCAUUCUUCAGUUCCCAUCUUCCUAUUUACUCUUCAACCCAAUUCAGGCUUUUAGCACCCCUCUCCAUCACCACUACUCCAUUAAAUUUGUUCUUCUGAAGAUUUCCAGCACUCUCGACUUUGCUAAAUCCAGGGGUCAUUCCUGGUCUCAUCUUCUUGCCCUUUAAACAGCAUUUAUAUCAAUUGAUUACUUCUUUGACUUGCAUUCUUUACCUGGAUGCAAGGAACCCCACAUUACUGGUUCUUUUUCUAACUUAUUGGUCACGCUUUUUAAGUCUCUUUAACUGAUUUCUCCUCAUCUUCCUCACCUCAUAUCACUAGAAGGUCACAGAUAUUUGUGUUUGAAUUUCUCUAUCCACAUUCACUCCUUUGGAAUACCAUCCAUUCGCAUAGCAUCUAUGUGUUAUCAAUUCUCAAAUCUGUGUUUCUCAUUAUCAAAAUGUAACUCUCAAAUUGUUAAAAUAUGAAUCCAUAAAUUGUGAACAUGGGUCAGGAUUUAAUUAAUAAGGAAGCCAGCAGGAUUAUGAAGUUGAUUUUUAUAUUUUUCCAGAUGCUACAAGGAAGAAAAUUUAUAUACAACAUUAUAAAGAAUUUUUUCCAAUAAUAGAGUACAUUUUCUUAUGAGAUAAUAGGCUUAAGCAAAAAGUCUAAAAGACAAUUUAGCAAGAGUUUUCUCAAGAAGUUCUUAUUUUAGAUAAGAGGUAGGAUUGAGUCAGGAAAAUAGAGCCUGGAGGCAGGGAACAUAAGGCCGAUUCACACUUAAGUUAUGACAGGAAGUAUCCUUUUCGUAGGGUGUAUGCAGAGUAAAUGACUUUGUAACUUUACUUCAUCCUCUCCAUUGACAUAUGGCAUACACCAAGUAACCAGUGGAAAUCUCUAGAGGGUAUUUAAACCCCCACAAAUUCUGUAACGGUGUCCUUGAGCCCCUAUGCUCAGGCCCACUCCCACACUGUAGAGUGUACUUUCAUUCUGAAUAAAGUUCUUCAUUCUUUCUUC